AUGUCAACCAUAGCUUAUCCUACGCCCCGUCACCAUGCGACUGGCGAGAACAGAAAUAGCAUGGAGAAGAGAGACAUUCGACCUACUGUUCGGCAAUGGGCUCCCAAGGGGGGGCUCAUGGGAUAUUUCACACAUGAUCGUUUUGGGCUUCUCCCUUUUGUGCCCCGUGGCACGGAUACAGAGGUCCGUAUCGAGAAAAAAGAUGGUAUGGCUCAUAUCCUGCUAGAAAGUGCCACCGAAUCAAACAUUUCGGAGGCUAUCAAAAAGCUUGAUCGAGUCGCUUUCAUCAUGAACUUUACCGAUGCACCAUAUUCUGAAACCGUGGUUCUCGCUCCUGGUACUAGGUCAUUGGCAUACAAGAUCCAGGAAUUCUCAACCCUUAACGCGCUCGCCAGCCAAAGAGUUCUUUUUGAUAAAAACAUCUCGGUUGAAGACUUCUUGCGGAUGCAGGCACCAGCUGCAUAUCACUAUUCUGAAACCACCAGGACAUGGUGCUUGCUUGAACGACUGAUCAAUCCACCAUGUUUGAGGUCAGCCAAGGACGAACAUGAAACCACUCGUGAUUGGGAAGACUUUUACUUCCCAGAGAGAGGAACUCACAUUCUUGAUGCUGCCUCUUCACAUGCUCAGUCGACUCCCACGGGUGAUGUUAGUCCAAUUGAGUAUCCUUGCUCGCCUGGCGAAAAGGCGAGCGAUGUGACUCAAUUGAGACAGGAGUCAAAGAUCCCACCACCUGAAGAGGCAUGUGCACCUUUUGCACCUAAAGGUUCCUCAUCAGCCAGCUUCGACAAAACUUUGGAAAAGGUAGCGUCGUCGAUCGCACGACUCGGCAAGAAGCCUACCGGAGUUAAGAGACGGGUACCAUUUUCAUCUGCUAGAGAUGAGCACCGAAAGGUUUCCAGUCCAGAGCCCCAGUUGUCUGUAUCUGCUCUUGAAGCUCGGUCACCUUCAACUGCCUGCCCUGGGCAGUCGGGGUCUAGUCCAAUCCAACUUCCCUCUCUGAGUUGGCGUGCUGCCAAGAUCCUCGGUAUUGGAGAUGUCAAAUAUAACCCCUUGUCUCAAGUUGAACGCCCCAAGAUGCCGACGAAAACGGCUUCAGAAAAGCAAAGUCUCAAGUAUAGUCCGUUGCUCAAGUUGCCCCUUAGCCCGACAGCGGUGGUGUUUACUAGUAAGACUUUUGAAGACCACGUUGAAUCUCCUGUGCAGGAACCGAAAUCGCCUCUUCGGCCGACAGCUCUAACGUUCACUCCAAGCCCCAAAUCUGAAAACCGGUCUGCUCGCUCGGUCACCUCGGUAGUUGUGAAAAAUUCGGAUAUGCAGAUUGUCUCUCUUGCUGACUUGCUGAAGGCGGAAAAGCCAACCCUAUCGAAAGUCCCUUGCUCUCCAGUAAAGACGGCCUCUCCCACCCCGGUAAAGACGCCCUCUCCCGCCUCGGGCAAGAAGUCUUCUCACACCCCAGUAAAGACGGUCACUCCGCGACCAGUUGAACAACCUUUGAUUGAUUUUUCAGAUUUCCCACCGAUUUUGCCUGCCUCGCCUCUGCAGAAGGGGGAACCUCUCAAAGAAGUCGAUUUGAACACCCUUGGGCCUCAGGUCCACAUUCUAAAGUUGAGUAACGGCAAAUCAAUUGCAGGUCACCUUGAAGAAGGCCAAGCUAAGUCUCCUACCUUCAAUUCUGCUCCCCUAUGUGAGGAACUGGGUAUGUCAAAGGAACGCGUUGCGGAAAUUCCUCGGACCCCUGUUCUCCAUUUCACGAUGAGACAACAGGCCUCGAGAAAUCCCAUCAAACAUGAAUAUACCGAGUCUCGGGCUGCGGUCAAAGCCAGGCGCGAUGCUGCUAUCAUGAAGGCGUGGGGCGAGGGACCAAGCUUGAAAGCUCCGGAUUUUCUUGUUGAAAGCUCUAAGCCAGGCCCCUCCGCCCAAUCGCAGGCCAUUUCCAAAACGGCCCAAAAGAAGCAGCAACUAGUUGUCGAGCACAAAGAGAAAAUAGGGUAUCUGUUCCAUGCCGUCGAGCCAUUUCUAGAUGCUGCCACUUGGUUCCCUGGUGCGCUUAGUCUGGAAAUUUCCUUUGGAUUUUUCCUAAUUUAUCAUAACCCCCAUGCCGCAGAACUGAAUCGCAUGACUGCCGAGGAUUUGAAGGUCUACUUUGAUCCACAUGCCGGACUUUCACCCCCAACUUGCCAGUUUUUCGAUAAGGUAUCAACGUCACCUGCAGAUGUGGAUUAUAUCAUCAACCUCAAGGACGGUGACCGUAAUCUUUUCGCGAGAAUUGCCAAGGAGAAAGCCUUCCAGUACGAGUUCCACUGCAGUAUAGGCCAGGAGGAGUUUCUGGUUGUCAUUGACCAAAACGGGUCUCUUAUCACCACGCCUGGAGACCCAGUGCCUCUCGGCUCAGUCCACCUCAACAUCCCUGGCCACAUAUACGAUGCAUCUCUCACCCUCUACGGCACCCCUACACAAACGAAAAAAGAAAGUGAACAGGCCAGACAAGCCGCGGAAGCUAUUGCCCAGAGCCUCUUCGUUGAACCCGACCUCACCCAUAUACAUAUGAUGCUGAAGAAGCCAAAGGAUGUCAAAAUAAGAAAGAUAUUCAUGCGACGCUCGUCGUAUCACCGGGUACUCGGACAGGAAAUCGAAAUCAAAUCCGGCAACGACGGCCCAGAUCUUUUCCUGCAUAUCAAGGAGACUCAGGACCUCAUCUUCUCUAUGAAUGAUAACGAUGAUGUCGUCACAGCUCAUUGCGGCCCUUUGGCGGAGAUGGUCAAGGAACACAGGCAGUGGUGGUGUAUCUCCAUCGCGUCUCCCAUCAUAAAUGCGGUGCUCGCCCGAAACGCGAAAGUUGAGCCGGGAGAUCAGAUGGCAUAUUGGAAGCCAACGACUCUCUUUGGCUCUGAUUCUGAGCACCUAAAGCCGAAUGCGUUCCCUGAUGAUGUGCCCGAUCUCAUGACAUUCCCCACCGAAUCCGAGAUUGCCGACGAAGCCUUGAUCUCUUUGAUCGGGGGUGCGGGACUAGGCGCUCUUGUCGGUCUAGCAGAGGUUAUAGUCAAAAAAAUCGAUGCUGUCGGUGCAAAUAAUAAUGGCCCAGCUGGGGACAUUCGUCAUCAUGCCAAUCCAGACGGCGGUCCAUCCAAUAAAAAUAAAAACUCAAGUUCUGCUGGAGAUGAAGCUACCUCAGAUACCAGGAUGGCUCUUGUGGUUGCCGGGAGAGCCCCUGGUACAGUGAAGUGGUAA